UAACAUUUAGAGGUGCACUUACCUCUUUUUGCAGAUGACACUACCUCCAUUGAGAAAUCUAUAAAUCCUGAAAAAAUUUACUAUAUAAUUCCAGCAAGGCUGCAGGAUAUAAAAACAGAAAAAGAUCGCUUAUCUAUUAAUGACAUUUUUUAAAAAAAAAUGACCUUUUUUUUUUUUUUGAAAAAAAGUCAUUGUGUAGAAGGGAGUUGGUCUGAGAAGGGAUCCUGAGCCCAGGCUGGAGGUGGAGGUUAACCUUCUGAGGACACAGAGUAGCUCCUGCGCAGGGUGGAGACCGGAUGGGUGGAGAGACCUCGACCCAGGUAAGAGUCAAAGAUCAACGUGAAGAGAGAGGUGAGAACAUAUUGUGACGCCACGGCUAAGUGUCAGUGUUUCUAAACUAAGGAUCCAAUUCCUCCAGUGGCCUGGCAGCUUUAGGCGAAGGCUCUGACUGCUGGAGGAGACCAGGCGCCCCUUCUGGGAAACAGUUCAGUGGUGGUGGACGCUUGGGCUCUCCUUCCAGAACUGUCGCUCACAGAGCGGGGGCGGGGUCACAGAAACCAUCCAAUCAGAGGCCACCAGAAGCAGACGUCCAGAGUCGCUGCCCCAGCAGGGGGAAGUCCUUCCUGUUCCAUGGGCUUUGUAAACACCUCUCACCUGAAGCGCUGAGGUUCUUCUUCCUGUGGAGUGGUGACUUACAGUGGUCGUGGGAGCCUUGCUGAGGCCUCCAGGACACCAGUGAAGCCGGGAAUGUCUUUUCCAGUUUCCAGUGCAGCUCCGAAGGUGGGAAGGCUGGCUUGAGAUGGGACGCAUGGAUCCAAGAUGUAAUGCCAUCGACUUUGACCGCGGUGGGAGUAGUCAAGAGUACCUGGAAUGGUCCUUUCCAGCGGGGUUCAAGGGUUCGUACCUGGUGACGACGUACAUAGACGAAGUCUCCCACCUGGUAUUGGUGUGGGGCUGCUUCGUUCCACGGCUGCACUCAGUGGCCUUUGAGGAUGUGGCUGUGAAGUUCACCUUUGAAGAGUGGGCUCUGCUGGAUCCUUCGCAGAAGAGACUCUACAGAGAUGUGACGAGGGAAACCAUCAGGAACCUGGCCGCUGUGGGGAAAAAAUGGAAAGACCAGAGCCCUGAAAAUAAGGAUACAAUGCAAGAAAGAAACUCAAGAAGCCAUAUGGUGGAGAAACUUUAUGAGAGUAAAGAUCUUCAGUGUGAAGAAAAUGCCAUCCCAAUUCCAAGUCUCAGUCUCACGAAGGAAACCUGUGUCUGUGUAACACCAUGUAAAGGCAGCUUGUAUGGAAAAGUCCUCGUGCAGCCGACAUUCCUUAGUGGGCAACCCAGAUCUCCUGUUAGGCACAGACCACAUGAGAGUAGGGAAUAUGGAGAGAAGCCUUAUAAAUGUAAGGUGUGUGGCAAAGCAUUCGGUUAUCAGCAGUGGCUCCAGAAACAUGAACAGCAUCAUACUGAAGGAAUGAACUUUGAAUGUAAACAGUGUGGCAAGGCCUUCAGAUUUCUCAGUUCCUUUCAGUCACAUAAAAGAAGUCAUCAAGAGAAACACUAUGAAUGUAAAGGAUGUGGCAAAGCCUUCUUGACUUCUGAAAGCUUUCAGAGACACUUGAAUCUACAUUCUACACAAAAACCUUAUCAAUGUAAAGAAUGUGAGAAAUCCUUUCUUUAUCACAUAACAUUUAAAAUACACAUGAACAUGCACAGUGGAGGAAAACAGUACAAGUGUGAACACUGCGGAACAACUUUUUUGUACUACUCAGCACUUAAACAGCAUGAAAGGAGUCAUACUGGAGAACGACCUGAUGAAUAUAAUCAGUGUGGUAAAUCCUUCAGUGUUUCUGCACAUUUGGGACAUAAUGAAAAGAAUCACAAGCCAGAAAAGCCUUACAAAUGCACGGUAUGUGGUAAAGACUUUAAACAUUUCAGUAACUUUCAAUUACAUAAAACAAUUCAUACUGGAGAGAAAGUUUACAAAUGCCAGGAAUGUGAGUAUUCCUCUGUUUAUGUUCGGAAGCUUCAGUUACAUAUGAGAGUGCACACUGGAGAUCGACCUUAUAAGUGUAAGGAUUGUGGGAAGGCUUUCAGGACUUCGCAUGACUGUCGAGAGCAUCAGAGUACACAUACUGGAGAGAAACUCUAUAAAUGUAAACACUGUGAUAAGCCCUUUGGUUUCUCCAGUGCCCUUCGUAGGCAUUUAAGAACUCACACUGGAGAAAAACCCUAUGAAUGUAAACACUGUGGUAAGACCUUUGCUUCUUCUGGUAACUGCCAAAGGCAUGAAAGAAAUCACACUGGGCAGAAACCCUAUGAAUGUAAACAAUGUGGUAAGACUUUCACUUCUCCCAGUUACCUCCGAAUGCAUAUAAGAAUUCACACUGGAGAGAAACCCUAUGAAUGUAAACAGUGUGGUAAGGCCUUUGCUUUUUGCAAUGCCCUCCAUGUGCAUGAAAGAACUCACACUAGAAAAACGCUAUGAAUGUUAAAAACAAUGUGGAACAGCGUUCACUUUUUCUAUUGCUCUCCAAAUACAUGAAAGAAUUCAUACUCUACAGAAAUCCUAUGAAUGUAAACAAUGUGGUAAGACCUGUGCUUACUCCAGAGGCCUCUGAAAGCAUGAAAGAACUCACACUGAAAGAGUCCUUAUGGUAAAAGGCAGAAUAGAAGAUAAAUAGGAAAUGGGGAGGUCUUUUGCAACUGGAUGAGGGAACAAGAUGGAGGGAGAAGGAAGGGGAAGGAAAAGAGAUAGGGGAAAAAAGAAUCAAGGGGGAAAAUGAUGAAAAUAGAACUUUCGCAAGUGGAAAGGGGUCCAAGAGUUGGAAGGAGCAGGCCGGGAGGGAAGCAGUAGGGGAUGCAAAAUAAAGGAACUAAGGUGUACUAUGAGCAUGUACUGACUCUGCAUAAUAAAUGCAAUCAUUAUGUACUAUAAAUAUGAAUCAAUAAAAUUUUUUAAGAAGAAACCUUA